AUGGCUAACCACCUUCGCCUUCUGCUCAUCAUCUUGGCAAUAAUCACUUUCCCCCAAUCUACAACCUCCGUAUCCGUGAUCUUAUCGGCUCAACCGCAAUGGACCGUCUUGAGCCGCUUGUCGGGUGCUCGUCGCCAGCUUGUCGGUGACACAAUCGACGUGCGGGAAGAGAUGAUGAUGGAGUCUGAAAGUGCCCGCCGAAUUCUCGCCGGCCGAGGUUAUAUCAGCUACUCGGCAAUGCAGAAGAACAACGUUCCGUGUAACCAACGUGGUCAAUCGUAUUACGAUUGUAAUAGCAGAGGUCGGGCUAACCCGUACUCUCGAGGCUGCAACGUUAUCACCAGGUGCGGCGGUCGCUGA